UUUUUUUGACAUUAGUUGGCACAAAUAACAACCCUGCUUGAUUCGCGAUCUGCCCUUGUAAUGACAUUGAAUCGGCUACUCUCGAUAACCAUCAGGAACCUUUCGCGCAGACAGACAUCUUUUGUGACAGAAUUAUUUUUUGGAAAUUUUAUUCAACAGAGAUUAUCGUCUUGUGAUAAUAAAGGAAAAAAGAAAGGCGGCAAAAUGGCUUUUAAUAAAUUGAGCAUUGAAAGUUUGGACCUAAAUGGCAAACGAGUGUUGAUGAGAGUGGACUUCAAUGUGCCCAUCAAAGAGGGGAAAAUUACAAGCAACCAACGUAUUGUGGCCGCUUUGGAUAGUAUCAAACAUGCUUUGGACGCAAAAGCCAAGUCGGUCGUACUCAUGUCGCAUUUAGGACGGCCAGAUGGACAAAAAAAUUUAAAAUAUACGCUGGCCCCUGUAGCUGAAGAGUUGAAAAAACUUCUAGGUAAGGAUGUAAAAUUUUUGCCCGACUGUGUUGGACCGGAAGUGGAGUCUGAAUGCAAAGACCCAGCAGCUGGUUCUGUAAUUUUGCUAGAAAAUUUGAGAUUUUACAUUGAAGAAGAGGGUAAGGGUCUUGAUGCAAGUGGUGCAAAAGUGAAAGCUGAUCCAGCUAAGGUCAAGGAAUUCCGCCAGAGCUUGGCCAAACUUGGUGAUGUUUAUGUAAACGAUGCAUUCGGCACUGCCCAUCGCGCUCACAGCUCCAUGCUGGGCGAAGGUUUCGAGAAGCGUGCUGCCGGCAUUCUGUUGAACAAAGAAUUGAAAUACUUUGCACAGGCUUUAGAUAACCCACCACGCCCAUUUUUGGCCAUUUUGGGUGGCGCUAAAGUAGCUGACAAGAUCCAAUUGAUUUCAAAUCUACUGGAUAAAGUUCAUGAGAUGGUGAUUGGUGGCGGCAUGGCCUUUACUUUCUUGAAAGUAAUCAACAAUAUGAAGAUUGGAGCAUCGCUUUUUGACGAAGAAGGUUCAAAGAUCGUAAAUGAUUUGGUCGCGAAGGCAAAGAAAAACAAUGUUCAGUUACAUUUACCAGUCGAUUUCGUAUGCGCAGAUAAAUUCGCUGAAGAUGCCAAAACAUGCGAAGCAACUGUCGAGGAAGGCAUUCCUGAUGGCUACAUGGGUCUGGACGUUGGACCAAAAACUAGGGAAUUGUUCAAGGAACCAAUUUCCCGUGCAAAACUCAUCGUCUGGAACGGACCACCCGGUGUUUUUGAAUUCCCCAACUUUGCUCACGGUACAAAAGCCGUAAUGGACGCUGUAGUCUCAGCAACUGGAUCCGGUACUGUUUCCAUCAUUGGUGGAGGUGAUACAGCAUCAUGCUGCGCCAAGUGGGGCACUGAAUCUCAAGUAUCCCACGUUUCGACCGGAGGCGGCGCUUCGUUGGAGCUCUUAGAGGGCAAGACACUGCCAGGUGUAGCUGCUUUGAGCAAUGCUUAAGUUAAACAUUACGUUGUUUAAGAGCACAAGAGACAUAUUGCAUGCAUAUUGCAAAUGAGUAAAACUUAUGUAUUACUGUUA